UAAGUUAGGGGUUUUUACAUUUCCAUACGGUUCAGUCACAAUUACACAUAGAUAGUUUAGAUUAGAUAGCGAGAGUUCAAAUAAACCAAAAAAAACACUCAAAUCGUGACCGUUAGGUUUUUUUUGGAUCUGAUCAUGGACGCACGAGAUUCGACAUCGAACCGAGACGUCUCAUCGAGCGGCGGCAGCGGCACCAUCACCGGCGGUGGAGGAGGAGAAGAGGACCCUAUCCUUUCCGUCACUGCCGCGCUUGCCAAAGACGCUUGGUUACACUUUAACUCUCGCCGGUUCAAUGAGUGCCUCGAGGUUUUGUAUCAGCUAAAGCAGAAAAAGGAAGACGAUCCAAAGGUACUUCAUAAUAUUGCUAUUGCGGAGUAUUGUAGGGAUGGUUAUCCAGAUCCGAAGAAGUUGCUUGAAGUGCUUAAUAACAUUGAGAGGAAAAGCAAAGAGCUUGCUCACACUUCAGGAGAGCAGGUGGAGACUGUUGGCAAUCUUGGGAAUAAAGUUAUUUCAGGGUCUAAAGGAAGUGGUGCAAUGACACUCCAAGCAUCGGCGACAAACAGCACAUCUGUUGUUUACAUGGAUGAAUUUGAUCCUACAGUAGCAAGGCUAAAUAUUGCGAUAAUUUGGUAUCAUCUUCACGAAUAUUCAAAGGCAUUAUCAGUUCUAGAACCUUUGUAUCACAAUAUUGAACCUAUAGAGGAGAGAACUGCUCUUCAUGUUUGCCUUCUGUUGCUAGAUGUUGCUCUUGCCUGCCAGGAUGCAUCUAAAUCUGCUGAUGUUUUAUUAUAUCUAGAAAAAGCUUUUGGCUUUGGUGGUGUGGGUCAAAGUGAGAAUGGGAACACAGCACAGCAACAAUCUGCAAAUCUUGUUGCAAAAUCUUUGUCUGUUCCUAGCAGUUCAUCAGGGAUGGAUGCUAAUUCAGAUUUAGCUUCUAGUGAGAAUGCUUUGGAAAAGUCUUUAUCGAGAACUCUAUCUUUAUCAGAUGAGACACUUGAGUAUGAAUCGAUGUUCUCACUAGACAUAAGUGGGCAAGACUUAGCAAGGCCUGCGGGUCUUUCAUUUUCAACUGAUAUUUCAAGGACCCCGAUUGAUAGGUCCUUUUCUCCUUCCGAAAUGAAGCUUAAGUUGCAUCUUUACAAGGUUCAAUUUCUACUUCUCACCAGGAAUUUGAAACAAGCAAAGCGUGAAGUCAAGCUUGCUAUCAACAUUGCACGUGUAAGGGACUCACCCAUGGCUCUCCUCUUGAAAUCUCAGCUUGAAUAUGCUCGUAGUAACCACCGUAAGGCCAUCAAGUUGUUAAUGGCAGCAAGUAAUCGGACGGAGAUGGGGAUUUCUAGCAUGUUCAACAACCUUGGGUGCAUCUACUAUCAGCUUGGGAAAUACCAUACAGCGUCUGUGCUCUUUUCCAAGGCACUGAGUAGUAGUUCAUCUCUUCAGAAGGACAAGCCGUGGAAGUUGUUAACUUUCUUACAGGACAAAUCUCUCCUCAUUGUAUAUAAUUGUGGAGUGCAGCACUUGGCUUGUGGGAAACCCUUACUGGCUGCUCGCUGUUUUGAAAAGGCAAGUUUAGUUUUCUACAACCGGCCUUUAUUGUGGCUCCGACUUGCUGAAUGCUGUCUGGUGGCUUUGGAGAGGGGUCUUCUAGAAGCUAGUCGAGUUCUAUCGGACAAGUCAGAUGUUACAGUUCAUGUUUUUGGAAAGGGAAAGUGGAGGCAUCUUGCAAUUGAAAAUGGGAUUUCAAGAAACGGGUAUGUGGAUUCUGUUGAAAAGGAAGAUAUGUUUUCGGGUAGUGACGGCCAACUGAAGCUCUCUGUUCCCCUUGCUCGGCAGUGUCUCCUCAAUGCUCUGCAUUUGCUGGAUUACUCUGGAUUAAAUCAUUUGAAGCCUGGCUUGCCUUCUAAUUUAUCCUUGGAUGAAAAUGAAAUGAGCGAAGCAGGAUCUAUGAAGAGUUCAAACCACAAGAAUUUAACUGGCUUUGAUUCCAAAACAUCAACUGGAGGCCUGGGUCAGGUUAAUGCAAAUGGGGAUGCAAAAGAACAGAAGGGUGGGACAAGUCAGGAGAUCAUGCAGAACUCGAUCUCUUUCCAUGAAGAUAUUCGCAGGAGAGAAAAUCAGUUGCUCAAGCAAGCACUUCUCGCUAACUUGGCAUACGUAGAGUUGGAAUUGGAAAAUCCUGAGAAGGCCUUGUCAACUGCAAGGUCUCUUUUGGAACUUCCAGUAUGUUCGAGAAUUUAUAUUUUUCUGGGUCAUUUGUAUGCAGCUGAGGCCCUCUGCAUGCUGAACAAGCCCAAGGAAGCUGCUGAGCAUUUGUCAAUUUACUUGUCUGGAGGAAAUAAUGUGGAGUUGCCUUUUAGCCAGGAAGACUUCGAGCAAUGGAGAGUGGAAAAAGCUUUUGAUUAUGAAGAGAUGAAUGGAGGGUCAGUUGCUACGAAGAAUUCUUCCCCUGAAGAAUCACAAGGUAUUGUGUUCCUCAAUCCAGAAGAGGCACGUGGAACCCUUUACACAAAUUUUGCAGUCCUGUGUGCAGCACAGGGUGAUCUUGAGCGGGCCCACCAUUUUGUGACACAAGCAUUAUCCCUUGUGCCUAAUCAUCCACAAGCCACUCUGACGGCAGUUUAUGUUGAUCUUAUGCUCAGUAACUCACAAGCAGCGAUCGGCAAGUUAAAACAAUGUAGCCGAGUGAGAUUCCUCCCGAGCGGUGUACAAUUGAGUAAGUGUUGACGGCUGUAACAUUGGUUUUUUUUCUUCUUGUCUGGCCCCCUUCGCAGUUCUAGUUAGCAGGUAGAUGAGCAAUCCUUUAAUAGGAUCUGUAACAUAUAUAUAGUUCGAUUCAGAGAAUAAGUUUUCUGUUCAUUUUUUGAUAUCUAGGGUUCAUUAAUUGGUGCGGCCGAGUGUUUUGGGGAGAGUGGGGUGCCCACCUUUAAAAUUUAUAUUGUGCUCUUCAAGACCAAAAACAGAAAAAAGGAAUUAUUCAUCAAUUUCUUUCAGAUUUCCAUGAUGUUUGUCAUUCAAGCAAUGCGAUAUGGUUUUUGAUUGC